AUGGACCAGAUGAAUUUUCUCCCGAAUAACUCUCGGAGAUUUUCUGCCGGCGGAGCUCCUGUACAAGCUUCUCCAAACUCUUGGCUCAUACAAUCCCACCACUCGCGCAUGUCAGCGUGGCAGAACCAACAGCAUCCGUUGCCCUCGAGUUCGGUUUACUAUUCUCAUCAACAUGCCUUUGGACGGCCUUCGAUAGCCCCGGAUUCCGUGCAGCCGCCGCUCCCGAUCCAGCCUGGUACACUACCUCAUCCCGACCGUGGCCUUCGAGCUUUGCAAAAUUCCGACUCUGCUCCCGGAUUAUCUGCAUCACCCGUGUACUGGGCCUCAACCUUGCAGCCAAUGCCGGCCAUCUCAGUGCCCUUACCCGUGAAUAUUUCGGCGGUGAAUUCGAGUAGCGGUGACUCAGCAUCGGUCGCAGGGUUUGGAAGUAUGAAUCCGGGUGGAAGAGGUUUCAUGCUGCAGCCACCUGUAACAGUUGAUUGGACAUCAUCACCAGGUAUUACUUCGGACGCACAGUCACACGUUCCCCUUCGGUUCGCCUUUUCCGAGCGUCUGUCCAAUGAAUCAGAACGUCCGAGCAGCUUCCCAAAUACGGGCCAUUCCUACCCUAUUUCGCCAACUUCGCCUCGCCGCGCCAGCCAGCUACUGUCACCCAGUUCCCAAAGAGUGCAUCGUUCACAGUCAUCCGCUUCUUCGCUUGGAUAUCGUGAUUUUACAGGUCUUCCUUCUCCGGCUUCAGAACGCCGUCGACAACCUCACGCUAGAGCCCGGAGGAUCGCUGGCUCCCGUCAAUCGGGGUCUGACCCAAGUCGGUCGUUGGAGGAGGCGAAUGACUAUGCGUUUGGUGACAGCCCAACGCGGGCACCGAGGCUGAACCGCCGGAACACCCAUGGAGCAAUUCAUUCGGAUGAAAGCGUAGCCCGCCAAAUUCAAAUGCUCCGCGGCGCCGUGUCUAGCAAGUUGGUGGCUUCCAAAGCGGCUUUGCAAUCACUGGAGAGUGUCGACAUCUCUGAUUUGCCAAACGACGAGAAGAUAUGUGUUAUUUGCUACAAUGCAUAUGGCGUAGCUAGUCCAGAAGGAGUGAAUGAAGCGCCUCUUCGUCUACCUGCGUGUAAGCACGUCUUCGGAGAUCACUGCAUUAAGAAAUGGUUGGAGGAUUCGGACAGCUGCCCAUAUUGCCGAAACAAACUUCAAUCGGAGCAAAAACACUCCUAUGGAUCAGCAAGGACGUUUAUGAACAUGAUGAGGAUGCGGGGCUUGCCCCUACCGGCUGGCAUAACCGACGAGUUACUCACAAGGCUAGCGACUCGGCCGAUGACAGAGUCGGAGCUCCACGAGUUAUUCACCCGAGCAGUGCGUCCUGCAGAACGCCGAUCGCCCCCGGAUGACGACGCAGCUGGUCAGGAUCAACGAAGAACACGCCAACGCCGCAACGGUCCUACCCCAGUUCCCGACUCGUCACCGUCCAGCCUGCUUCAGUCCGCGUCUCGCAACUUGAUGCUGGCAGAAGGUCCAUGGAGCGUGUACCCGGCACUAAGCGGAGCUGCGCAACCUUAUCCUCAACAAAGGUCGCAAACCAGGCCUGCGAACGAGCUGAAUGAGAGACGGGUUGUAGCAGAAACGUCAAACCCAACCAGGACACAAACUCGGAAUACUGACCCGGAGGCUCCGGUGAUUGCGCAUGGGUCAUCAAUCCGAAACCCGAGCUUGUCAAGCUCGACGCAUACAACGAGGAAUGCCCAACGUCCUACUACCACCGUCAUCUCUACGGCCAAGCAGGAAUAG